CGACAACUCCAAAACCAACCACAACUCCAAAACCAACGACAACUCCAAAACCCACUACAACUCCGUGUGAGAGUACACCAAAACCAACUACAACUCCUAAACCAACGACAACUCCAAAACCAACUACAACUCCAAAACCCACUACAACUCCAAAACCAACCACAACUCCAAAACCCACUACAACUCCAUGUGAGAGUACACCAAAACCAACUACAACUCCCAAACCAACUACAACUCCAAAACCAACCACAACUCCCAAACCAACCACAACUCCAAAACCAACCACAACACCCAAACCAACCACAACACCCAAACCAACCACAACUCCAUGUGAGAGUAUGCCAAAACCAACUACAACUCCAAAACCAACCACAACUCCCAAACCAACUACAACUCCAAAACCAACCACAACUCCCAAACCUACUACAACACCAAAACCCACUACAACUCCAUGUGAGAGUACGCCAAAACCAACUACAACUCCCAAACCAACUACACCAGAACCAACUACAACUCCCAAACCAACCACAACUCCCAAACCAAAGCCCACUACAACUCCCAGUGAACAAACACCUACUCCAACACCAACUCAAACCCCCAAUAAGGUUACUCCAACUAUACCCGGACCAACUACACCCACCGAGUGUGAAGGUGUAUGCUGCGGUAAACCAAAUGGCUCCAAGCUUCCUGGCGAAACUUGCCAACAGUUCAUUGUUUGCCAAAACAAUCAACAGGUGAUUUUCGAAUGCCCCAAUAAUCUACACUACAACUCGGCUACUGGCUCAUGUGAUUUCCCCGAAAAUGCCAAAUGCGAUAAACCCUAUACACCACCAAGUGGCCCCAGUGCCGGUCCUUCCGGUACCCAUUGUGCCAAUGGCGGUCGUUGCGUUGGAAAACCCGACGGCACCUAUUUCACAGAUGCCAAAAAUAAGUGCAGUGCCAACUAUGUAAUCUGUCAGUGUGAAUGUGAAGUUGAACGUUCGUGCAGCAGUCCUUUGAUGUUCAACGGCAAGUUAGGCGUUUGUGAUUGGCCCACAGCAUUUGGUUGUUAAACGACAAAACGAUUAAAGCGAUUUAAAUAAUUAAAAAAACACUGUAUAACUAACUUUUUUUGUUUUUAAAUUUACUAUUAAUAAUAAAUAAAUUGAAUGUUAAUUUAAAGUUUAUGAAA